CACAUAUAUAAUAUCGAGCCGAGCACACUUGUACCCAGCCACCAUAUAGACUUCCUUCUCUCUGUACUCUGCUCUCUAUCUCACUCUCUCUCUCUGCACAGCGCUGCACAGCGUAUUAUAUACGGAGUAGAGAAAUUUUCCCCGAAAACGCAGACGCGAAACGCAGUCGCAGAGUCGGCGGCGGCGGCGGCUGCCGGGGCGCGUCUGUCUCGUUCUAGCCCACCCUGUGCUAUAUACACACAGCACAGAGAGAGAGCAGAGGGUGUCGCUUGCGCCGUUGACUCUUUUGCCGUUAACACGCAGCAGCCAGGCAGGCAGCAGCAUCGCCUGCGCGCAGAUACCGAGAAAGCUCCAGCGACCGGGAGCGGAGCAGCCCUCGUCGCUGCUGCAUAGUGUUAUGUAUAAAGUCGUCGAGCUUUGGCGCGCGUGUGUGUGCUUGCGUGUGCAAUAAGAGCGAGCCGCGGCGAGUGUACGCCGAGAGGAAGAGGCGUGGGCUUAUCAGGCGUGGCGGCAAACGCCACGACGGCGCGACGACGACCGCCGCUGAUGCUGCGCCCAAAGGGUCCAGGCCUACUGCUAGAGAAGUUGGAAUAGAAAAAAAGCAAGAAGUUUGUUUACGAUACUGCGCCAAAAGAUCAACGGCCCUCACCCCGUGUUGUACCACACUUAUCCGUGAUACGCGCUCCGCGAAUUGAUCCGCGCGCUCGGCUCUGUGUGUGUGUGUGCGUCUCUGUUUUUGUGUUUGUGUAUAAAUACACACGCGCACCUCAUCAGUGUUUGUGUGUGUUUAUGUGUUAUUGGCGCGGCCAGAUAGAGAGUAUGGUGUCCGACGAGAUUAUCCUCGCAUUUUUCUCGCAACAACGACACCCCCCAGAGUUCGACGACUGACUUCUGUUUUGUUUGUUUGUUUGCUUAUUGAACAACAAAAAUAAAGAAAAAUGUGCGAUAAUCGAGUGCCGUGCGACGACCACGACGACGCCGCCGCCACCGCCGCGCCUAUUACUACUUACUUAUGUUAUGUCAGCUCGCUAAUUCUCCAAGCGACAACGACGACGUAGCGAGUGGGUGCGUGUGUGUGUGUGUGCGUGUGCAGUGCCAGGCCAAUCAAUUCGAGUGCGUCAAAUUAAUCUCGCUCGGCUAUACACGCAUAUAUAUAAAUAAGCGCUAAACAAGCGUUAUAAUAGGCUUCGAGUGGCUGCUGCAUACAAUAUAUGUAUACGGAGUGGCGAGUCUCUCCGGUGGUGCGGGCGAAAAAAGAAAACGGGUCAGCGCAUCGAUUACCACUCAUCGACGACCACUCGGCCUGAUACUCGUUUUUUCUUCUUUUUUUUUUCUUUCAUUGUACAUUAUAUACAAAAGGGCCUAAAGAAGAACGAAGAAGGAGCGUGUGAUUUUUGUCAACGACUUUGCAUAUACACACACGGCCUAAACUGCUUUUAACGCGUGUUCGCGACCCUUCUUUUUUGGGGGGUAGCGUAUAUACGUAUAACAGAUAUAAUAACGGAUGACCUAAUAAAGACAAUCGUGGACGCUUGAACGUGUCUCCACUGGUGCUAUUACAACUGAACUCGUCGGUAACAAUUAUCGCACGCGCGUGUGACUCACCGUGUGCUUGCAUUCAUUCACGAUAUUUGUUCGAGACGGACGAGAGACACUGCUGCAUUAUAAUCAGAAGUUUCACUCUGCGAAUCGUAAUAAUACUCGAGAGUAAUUGAAGUUUACUUCUUUGUGAUAGCUGUUAAUUGUCGGCUUACGAAUGUUUUCCGAGCGAUAAUUAUUGCUCGUUUGGAUUUGAUCGACUUUUAUCGAAACGUUAAUUGAUAUACGUUUGCGAUAAGAGUAAUUAGUAGUUAAUGUUGUAAUUAAACAUAGAUUAUAUGUAUAAAUAGCAAAUUUAUUGGUACGAGAAAUUCCGACUUAACUUUCUACCCCCCCCAAUCGCUCGGUGGAAUUGCAAUAUAAAGCCAGAUACAAGAAAGCAGAUAUUAUUAUUAUCCACAUAGCACGAUGUUCAAGUGUUGCGUGUGCCAGGGUAAAUCGUCCCGACGAACGAGUCAAGAGGAUGACGAGGACGACUCGAGUCGAGAGAUGGACGAGGAAGACGACGACUCGUCGAGCUCCUCGUCCUCGAGCUCGUCGAGCGACGAGAGCUCCGACGAGGUGGAGCAGCAGCAGCAGCAGCGGGAGAACGGAAUCGAGAAGGAGAAGAAAUCCAAGUGCCAAAGCAAUGCUCCGAGUGCUCGAGAGGCCAACGUCGUCGGUGGAACGAUCAGAGAGUCGGACGAGGACGAGGACGAGGACGACGAGGAGGACGACGGGAACGACGAGAACACCCGAGAAGUCGUGGUCGAGGUCAACGGGGACGCGAGGCCGCAAAAAAUAGCGACUUCCGCCGUCGCCGCCACGGAGGACGACGAGGCCGCCGUGGACAGGAACGCCGUGAAGGAAGACAUCGUCGACAUACUUCACUGCGCCGUGAAAAUCGUCACGGAGAUCAGGCGCAGCGAGACCGAGAAACUGGAAAAGAUCAAGGAGGAGCUGCAGGAGGAGUCGACGACGACGACGACCAAGGACGAUAAACCAGCGGCCGUCAACGGCGACUCGGUCGUCAACGGAAACGGACACGCGGAAGACGAUGCCGAUGAUAAUGAUAAAACGACGACCGCUACGAAGAAGCCCGCGAGCGACGACACGGACGACGACGUAGCCUCGGACGACGAGGGCGAGUACGAGGUCAAGAACGAGGCGGACGAAGACGCCGAGCCGAGUUUCGCCAAGAAUCAGAUAAUGCAGGAGAAAAUAAUGGAGGAAUUCGUCAACGAGCUAAACGAGGAGUCGGACAACGCGCAGGAGCUCAAGGAGAUCGUCGGCGCGACGAACGGCGGCGACGGUGGCGACCAAUCGCACAACGAAUCAACGACGGAGAAGAAGAGCAACGACAGCAGCUUGUCGACGGAGACGCCCCCGCCGCCGUUCAGCAAGGUCGAGAUCGUCGAUGGGAUCAAGAAGAGAUCCAGUAGCGAGGCAAUCGGUACGAAGGAGCAACGUAUAAGUACAAAGGGAGCGGAGAGCGAGACGGAAUCGAGCGAGGAGCAGCCACCGCCACCGCCGCCGCUGGCGGCGCACGACUCGAGAAGCGGCGAUCAUCUAUUGAACAUUCCGCCGCCCGCCACUCCUCCGCCCGAGGACUACGCGGACGACUACUCGUCGGCGAAAUUCGACGACAGCAGCAACACCGAGCUGAGCUUUCCCACCCCGCCGCCGAUCGAUUUCGAGGAGCAGCCGCCGCCGCCCGACAACAACCAGCAGCAUCACCACGUGGGGGUGCCGCAGGUGACCUCAGCCGCCGCCGACGAUAACGAGGACAGCGGCGAGGAGCAGCUCAACUUCAAUCUGGCUACGCCGCCGCCGCUGCCGCCCUGGGACGACGACAUACCCCCUGCGCCGGAGCAGCACCAGCAGGCCAGACUAGAGAAUUAUCAUCUGCCCGUGCUGGGCCAUCAUCAUCGGCAGGACUGGAAGGUGCCGUCGCCGGGCAGCAAGAGUCUGCCGAGCCCGCCGUCGCCCGGCGGCAGCGAGACCGGCUGCGAGACCGAGGCCGAGUCCAAGAGCAGCGAGGACGAGCAGUCGUCGCGAGUCAAGCCCACGAAGAGCUCGCGACCGCUGUGCCUGUCGGCGGCGAAGAAGGCCGCCGCGACGGCCCUGUACGUGAACGAGCAGCAGCAGCAGCAGCAGCGCUCGAUCGACGCGGACGCCGCCGACGACGAGGGCGACGACUCGGUGUUCGAGGCCGCGUCCCUCGUCAAAGAUCCCGAGAUCAUCAAAGACCUGCCACCGAGACCAGUGCCGCCGGUGGCUCGCUGGCUGUCGCAAGAGGAAGACGAGGCCGACGGUGACGAGGGCGCAGCCGGGGAGACCAGCGAGCGAGGGGACACAGGUGGUUGUUCCUCCGAGGUCGGCCUCGGUGGCAUGCAGGAGCCGCCCGCGACGCCCGUGGCCAGGGACGAGCUCGCUCUGCGCCGCCACCGCUUCUUCUCGGACCUGCUGCAGGCGGCGCGCAGCACAGCCGAGCACCGCGUCAGCUUCGAUCCUCUGGGGCCUCUCGUGCAUCCCGGUUGCGAGCACGACGAGCGCGAGGAGCAUCUCGAGGAACUGGUGAAUCGCUUGGAGAACGUGACCAAGCGUCUCGAGCAAGUCUCGGCUGUCCAGGGCUCGCCGAUAAUCACAGCAGCGGCGGCAGCAGCAGCAGCAGCAGCAGCGGUACAAACGUCGGAGAUCGCCGUACAGACCAAGUCGCCGUCGCCCGAGCGCUCGCUGUCGCUGGCCGAGGACACGUCGCAGUCGUCGUCGAGCUCGCGCGACUCCACCGUAUCCGGUUGCUCCGUGGUCGAGGUCGUCAAAAACAUGUCGCUCGCCGCUUACGAGGACAUCGUGGCCGGGCCGCUGCACGACUAUCUGCAGCUCAGCCAGAAGAUCGGCGGCGAUGUCGCCAGCCACGCCAAGCUCGUCGAGAAGGCCUUCCAAAUCCAGCUGCAAUUCUUGAGAACCGCGGCGUCGCGGCCGGCGCCCAGUAGCCAGUCCGAGCAGGUCGCGCUGCUGGCUCCGACCUCCCAGCAGAUCCAGGCGAUCCAGGAGUUCCGUGAAAAGCAUCGCGGCUCGGCCUUCUUCAAUCACCUGUCGGCCGUGAGCGAGAGCAUUCCGGCUCUGGGCUGGGUCGCCGUGGCCCCGACGCCCGCGCCCUACGUCAAGGAGAUGAACGACGCCGGCCAGUUCUACACGAAUCGCGUGCUCAAGGACUGGAAAGAGAAGGACAAGACUCACGUCGAGUGGUGCAAGGUCUGGGUCAAGACCCUGACGGAUCUGCAGCAGUUCAUCAGGCAGCAUCACACGACGGGCCUGGUCUGGGCCAAGACGGGCUCGGUGCCGCCGCCGCCGUCAGCCGGCGGUGUGCCGCCCCCGCCGCCGCCCUGCAUGAUGCCCAUGGCCGAUCCGGCCCCGGUCAUCGGCGACGACAGGAGCGCCCUGUUCGCCGAGAUUAACCAAGGUGAAAAGAUUACGAAAACUGUGGAAUCAUCAAAAACGAACUUUGUCACAUAAUAUCUCUAAUUCAGUAUAUAAAUAAGUGUUGCCAUCUAUCUCCUCCCCUCUUCUCCCCCUCAUGUGCGUUGGAGACUUAUGGUUAUUGUUAAAGUAUAAAUUGAAAAACGCCAAAAAAAAAAUGAACUUUGAAACUAUGAUCUUUUUUUUUUUAUUCUUUGAGUUCGAGAUUCUUGAAAAAGUUUUACGAUAAAGUUGAGACUCUUUUUUUUAAAGUGAUAUUAUCAGUGCAAGUGUUAUAAAGCUGACUAUUGAAAAUAAUUUAGGUUGAGCAUAGAAAAUACUAUCAUACUAUUUAUAAAAACAUAUACACGAAAAGUUCAUGUCUUGUUCAUCUACAUAGACUAUUUAUCCUUGUAAUCAGUAUUAUUACAUUAUAAGUAUUUAUAUUGGUUAAAUAUUUAUAUGAAUCUAUGAUAUGUAGAAAAAUAUUAACAGACUGCAUAUGAAAUAUUAGUAUAUAUUCUGUUCUGAAUUUUAUAUUCUCAAAGAAUACAACCUGUACAUGAUUGAUAAUAUGAGAACGAAUAUAAUAAAUGCAUAUUAUAAUCA